AUGGCGGACUCCAUGCCUGCGCCCUCGACCACACCAGCCAAGUUGCAGAAGCGGCCUGCGCAAGCUGCCUUUGGACCCGAGGAUGACUUGCCACACCCGCGCAGGCUUUGCUUCAAGCGCAGGUUGCAGUUGGAUAUUGAGGAGCGCUUUCGGGAGAUGAUUAUAGCGGCCAUCCCACAGGUGAAGCUGGAUGCUCCCAGUGGCUCCAGUCCAUUGGGCAUGGCCAUAGUGCUGGGUCGUGUGGUGGGCGACGAAACAGCUGGACCUGCGAGGGAUGUGAUUUUGCCCACCGCGACGGAGGUGAUCUUGGACCAGGGGCACCGAUUCCUGCCCGAUCUGACGCCCGGGCUCUUCCGUGGCUUGCGAAUGCAGUUUGACCGACGCCUGAAUGAACACAAGGCGCAGACUGCUGAGGAGCGGCGCUGGGCACAAGUGAGUCUCCAACAGAGGCAGAUGACUUCAUGGAGUUCCAAGGCGGUUGGGACCUUCUACACCCCUGCGAGUCGAUGGCACUACCAGUUGAGAUUUCGAUUUGAUGAUUUCGAAGGACCUCCCGUAGAAGCCGAAAGGCGCGAAACGAAUCUGGUUUUCCAGAAGGUGCCGAGCUCGGAGGAUCCCAUGUGGACCGUCUCCUUGGUGCAGGAAGCCGGGAAAGCCUGGCUGGAGCUGCGAAUGAACGAGGUCUUUCUGUUGAGCCAUCGAAGCAGACUUUGCAGUGCAAAAACUCACUGUUUCAAUCGUCUGUGUCGCGACUUCCGGCGGAAUGCACAAGCUGUACAGCAGCUGAUCGAUCGCAUGGAAGGCUUAGAAGGCGAUGGAGUGAGGCUGUACUACCCUGGCAUCUUUGAUCCAGCACUGGAUGUCCAAGAGUACUACGACCAGAGGGCCAAGCAGCCGGUGGAUGAAAGUACGAAGAAGGAGACUGCCCGCAUUCGGAGCUUCAACAACUGCGUGAAGACCAUGAUGCUCGAGAGCUUUAUGGAUGGUAUGAAGGGUGAGCUGAAAAUCCUGGAUUUGGGCUGUGGACGUGGCCAAGACAUCCACAAGUACUCCCGGGAGCAUCGUCAGUGCUGCGUCCAACUGGUGGUGGGAAUUGACUUUGCCAGCGCGGCGAUUGAGGAGGCGAAGCGACGCUACAAUAUCUUGUACCAGAAGGCCCAGAACGCGGGGCGCCCCGAGUUCCUGGCCACCUUCCAGUGGAAUGACCUGCGUCGACCGGAGACGUUGCAAGCGCUGAGGGAAGCCUAUCCAGAUGGGUUUGACGUCGUUGUCUGUCAGUUGGCAUUGCACUACAUUCUCAGCUCGGAAGAGGCGGCCAAGCGAUUUCUGCAGAUCUUGGUGCAGCUGCUUCGUCCUGGUGGACGAUUCAUUGCCACCGUACCGUCCUGCGAGGUCCUAGCGGACUUCUACGAGAAAGCCUCCUUCAUGGCCAACAGUACCUGCGAACGGACGCUGGAGCAAAAGUUCUUUCAGGUGAAGUUUCAGGGAUUGCCCUGGCAGCAGCUUCAAGCCGCCGGGGUCACGCUGGAGCUUGAUGAGGUUUUCCUGAAGAGAUGGGGCCUACCGUACCACUUCAUCCUGGAAGGGGCCGUCUCUGGCGAGGAGUUCAUCUUGCCCUGGGAAGCCUUUGAGGAGAUGGCGGGUUCCGUGGGUCUCAGGGUCUUGGCGGAUGCAUCGUUCCCUGACCUUUUUGACCAACUGAAAGACAGGUCAAAAUUCUACCACAACACAUUCUCGAAAGAUAUGAAACCUCUGGACACAGAAGAAGAGACUCUCUUCAAGCUGUACCAGGGCUUCGUGAUGGAAAGGACCCGCGCCAGCGCCCAACGCUUGCAG